AUGAAGGUGCAGUGCGCGCUGUUGCUUGCGUUUCUCGAUCUGUUCGAAUGCGCCCGUAUUUUGGGCUUAAUUCCAAUACCAUCAUAUAGUCAUCAAGUUGUUUUCCAACCGUUAUGGAAAGAAUUAUCUCUGCGUGGACACCAAGUGACGGUUCUAACGACGAAUCCCAUGAAUGAUACUUCGCUCACAAAUUUAACCGAAAUCGAUUUGAGUUUCUCGUAUAAGUUUUUGGAGGAGAAGCCUGCAGAAAUCAUUGGUUCGGGACAGUUAAAGGCGUGGAGUUUGGGAGUGCAAGCAUUUAACAGCGUGGCCGAUGCCCAACUACGACAUCACGAAGUUCAACGACUUAUACAAAGCCCCGAUGACGGCUACGACCUCGUAAUCGCAGAGUACGUGCUACCCGCCCCACUGUACUUCGCAAGAAAGUUCAACUGUCCCUAUAUCGGGGUAAUAUCGACUGAUGGGACAAACUACAUAUACCAACAGAUUGGAAACCCUGCCCAUUCCAUUAUCUACCCAAACUCAUUGAUGAGAGUUCAUGGUCAAAGCGCAUUUUAA